AUGGCGACGACUCAGAACGCUCCUACUAGCAGCACAAGCAGCAGUAUUAGUACGAGUCCCAGCGUGAGUAGGAGUCCCAGCGUUACAUCGAUUCCUCGUGCGAUGCGGCCGUUUCGCGGCGCGGGUCAUCGAUCCGCGAGCACCCUCCUCGCCCCCCUCCUCCCCCUUUCGCUAACAUUCGUGUUGCUUUUCGCCGUCGCCACCGGCGACCCCGUCAAUCGCGGCGGCCCUCGCGCCGGCGAUUUCGGCGUGCGAAGGACGGCAAAAACGUGGCGAGUACCGCAGCAAUUCCUCCAGCUACGAAACAUUUCGCAAGCCGUUACGGUGUUACGCGAAAAAUACACGGCGGCGUCUCGCGAAGACGACAAGGCGGGAGGAGCAGGGGGAAGCGGAGGAGAAACAGCUGCUCCUGGAGCGAACGGCGCGAGCGGAAGUAAUACUAGGCUUGGGGUUACCGCUUUCGCUAAUGUCGUACCAAAGGAGGAAACGGACCCGAAUGCGCCGUAUACAGUGUUCGAAGUGGCGAGACCGAUUGUGCGGCCGCAAGGCGCCGUGGAGUGUACAGUAACACUGUUUACUGACGAACCUUUCGCAUCUACGAUUGGUAACCCGCCAACUCAAACUUCGUACACCCCAGACCCGAACUGCGCCUCGGCGGAUUGGUCGUUGGCUGUGCUGUCGGUGGGCGUGAAGGUGAAAGGCGUGCAGUUCGAUCGGCGCAUGGUGAUUUUCUUCGGCGGUUUCGAGGUUUCCAGAUCAAUCACUGCAGAGCCAUUGGGAACUGAGAUUCACUACUCGUUUGAGCGAGACGUGACCAAAUAUGCACCCAUGCUUAAAACUGCCUCAACUGUCUAUGUGAUUCUAGAGAACGUUGUUGACAGCGAAUACACCGGCAUUUUCAACGUCACCAUCUCACUCACCACCUACCAAGGAACACCCCCCACCACUCCCCCUUCCCUCCUCCUCCCCUUCUGCACCACUUACACUUCUUCCUCCUCCUCCUCCCCUUACAUCCUCUCCGGAGCCUCCGCCACUUCUCGUAGUGCUCUACAGACACUCUCUGGCCUUCCGACGAAUGUGAUUAAAGCGAAGGUGGAGCUUACUAUAUCGAUGCACGCGGAGGACGAGUUUUAUUACCUCUAUUUCCCAAAUAAAUUCUACAAUAGCCUUCCUAGCUCCUUAAAGCCCAAAUUCAAACCCGAAGGCGGCCCCUUUCGCGAGCUGAAUCUCUUCAUCGACAACCGAUUUGCCGGGGCAAUUUACCCUUUCACUCCGCUUUACACCGGCGCGUUCAACCCGCUGCUCUGGUCACCCGCAGUGGGAAUAGGCAACUUUGGUUUCCCGACAGUUACCCUCGACGUGACCCCGUUCGCAGGGGUUUUAUCUGACGGGCAGCCGCACGAAAUUAGGGUUUCGGUGGUGAAUGCAAAGCCUGGAGCUGCAUGGUACUUGACUGGGAUCGUGCACAUUUGGGCAGAUUCCGCAGUGACGUCUACAGCUGGGCCGCCACCCACCAUCAAGGUGGCUCCCAGCAGUAGGAAGGAGAGGGUGAAGCUGUUUGAAAGCCCGGUGGUGCGUGCUUUUCGGCUGAUGGGGGUGCGGCUGAGCAUCGACGGCAAGUACAGCACUGUUGCUGCGCGUGAAUACUCCAUCUCAGGCACGGUAACCACAGCUGACGGCCCGGUUACCACUCUGGUUACAUCCUCCAUGUCAGUGGAUGCAGCAGCAAUGGUUCAGGGAGGGGGGGCCGCAAUCACCUGGUGGAACAACGUGGGCGUUAAGAGGAGUGUGACAGCCACACACGCAACGACCAGGGCUGUGCUGUCCUCCCAGACCGACACCUUCUCGUUCCCACUCCGCAUCAAGCAAACUUCUUCUGACUCAUUUGGAUCGGGCAACGUCACCAUCAGCAUCAGCAUCAGCAACACCGUCAAUGCUAUUAUCCUCCGCCUCACCAGCUGUAACCAGCUUGCAGAAUUCGCGGAAAGACUCUUUCAGCAUACAGGUGGAUUCGAAAGGAGUUGUUAUCGGUUCUUCCACUUCUGGUAG